UUAUUCCCCUGACUGAUUGACCGAUAUGAAUACCGGGGUUGAUGGAGAGAAGAACUGGAUUAUUGGUCCUCUCGGCAUCGAGACGGUCAUGAAAUCACUCUAAAAAUCCACUACGGACUGACUAACCUUGAGGAUCAACUAUCAUGGUCGGGGUCCCCCGCAGCCGGGGAUGUUCUCAGUGUAUCUGCCGCAGGAUUAAGUGCGACGAGACGCGUCCACACUGCCUGCGGUGUAUCAAGCGCGGGUCAAAUUGCCCUGGCUAUGACCGUGCUCACACAUUUAAGGAUCAGACUCAGCAUAUUAUCCAAAAACAUGGCCAAUCAUCAAUGGAUGAAAAGCUUGCCCCGAACCUGGCCUUUGAGGCAAUCGGCAUCCAGACCAGAGAAUCGUUCGAUGGUUGGCUGAAUUAUUAUUUUCCCAGUGUCAGCGCCUGCAUUCAAUCGCGUGUGAAGGUGAGCUGGAUGGCAUUUUUACGCAGCCGAUGGUCUACCUUUCCCCCAGCCCUUGUAUGGGCUAUCCGCGCCCUGACGGCUCUACUUAUGGGGGCCUCGCAAGGGAACAAGCAAGCAAUCCUUUGCGCUCGUCACAUGUAUACUCGUGGAAUCCGGCAUUUGGCGUCUCUCUUACAAACCGAUGAAGCUCUUACAGACGAAACUUUGGCAGCAGCUAUCCUACUUGGCGGAUAUGAGGUCCUAGACGGCAGCAGUGACCGUGCAUGGAUAGUUCAUGCGCGCGGUAUCAAUCAGUUGAUGCUCGCCCGCGGACCGUCUGCACAUAAACAUGGCAUGGGUAGGACGCUGCUCAUGUGUUGGCGACCUUACAUAGUCGCAGGUGCUUUCAUUCAUGGAACGCCAUGCUUCCUAGGUGAAGCGGAAUGGACACGCAACUCGAUGACUGGAGACAUUGCCCGAACGGAAGAUGAGCAAGGAAUAGGGAGCUUGGUAGGUCAAACAGUGGACUAUGCAUUCAACGAAGUUGCCAAAUGUCCUGGGUAUUUAGCAAUGACGAAAGAAACUGUCGCCAGAAGCCCGCUUGGCCGUGUAAUUGACAUAAAACCAUUGAUGUUCGAUAUUCUUCAUUCAAAAGAAAACCUCGCUCGGCUGGAUCGCACGUUGUACGCUACAGAGCCAUCAGCCAACUUCAUUGGAGUGAUUCCAUCGAGGCAUGUCACGACUUUGGUACGGGCGUCCCAUGACUGUAUUAAAUUCGCUAUCGUGUUACUUGACCAUCUAGAGAAUACGCUCCAGUCCAUCUCGAUGUGCUCUACCGAGGCAAGCUCAACGGCUCGCCGGGGCGGCUUGCACAACGAUCAGGUAUGGCGCCUUUCUAGAGAGAGAAGCAUCCCUGCAAGUCAAACAACUCCACAGUCGGGCAGUUCCCGUGGCCUAGGAGACACAUAUGCCGGAACAUACGCUAUUGGUGAUCGACUGGAUCACUUUUCAUUGACCAUGGGACUGGGAAGCCUAUCGCUAGAUGCUCGUGGUAUCCCCCAGCUCUCCGCCAAUGAUGCAAUUCCAGGCUAUUUCUCAGGGAUUUUCCCAUGUCAAAGGCCCUGAUUUUUCUUUGUUUCAUACCUGUACAAUUUUACCACUAGCGUCAUCGCCCAUUGCAAAGAUUUCCCAGAAAAAGACCACAUAUGACACGAAUUCAGUGAUAAAUGCAGUUAUGGAGCUAACGAAUCCCAAUAGCUCUGUAUAAAAUCCCAGACCAGUAGUUCCGGCCGAGGUGUUAGUCUCCUCCCCGCAGAUUUCAUCAAAGAUGGCACUUCAUUCUCAUUAUAGUACCGUUUAUUUCUACCACCACGUGCUGCCUUCAUGUUUGGGUUUCCUAUCCUCUCUAGGGAAACCUUCAAAAGUUCUCAUCGCCAUGACCCGUCCUCCUCUUCGUAUUCUUCCGCAUUAUCAUGAUGUGUUCGAAACAAGGUUCCCGUCAACAUCUUUCUGAAUAUAUCCUGCUGUAUGUCACACCACCAUGCGUACCGCCCAUUCCGCUCGUAAGGCGUAAAAUCCAUCGGCCGGUAGGCACGGCCGUGCUGAUCAAGAAAGUCCUUAUUUCGCUGCCGCCGAAUCUUUUGCUGCAAUAAGCGAUGAGCUGCGGGGUUGUGCUGCAAAACUCGCUGGACUUUAGGAUCUUGAAUCUUCCAAGGAUCAAAGACACACAGGAAGUCUGCCAGUAAACAACUUUGCUCGAGAUUCAUGCUUCCGAUAAUCUUCUGCUGCUGAGCGUCAUCAAGCAGCAUCAAGCCCCAGAGCUUAUAAUGGGCCAUGAUGAAACGGGUUUCUUCCGAAACUGAUAGAGCUCUAGAGACCUGCGGGUCCCAGUGAGCGUUUACUCUUACGCGGUCAUGGAACGAAGUGACUAGCUCGUCGGCAUUGUUGGAUGUUGUUACAAGCCGACCAACGUCAGAGACAUUGAGAACCUGCGCACCCAUCGCCAAAUGUCCCUGGUUGUCUAGAAGAACUCGUAAAUCUUCAUAACACGGAAUAGUAGUAGGUGCAACUUGAUUGAAGAUAUAUGAAAUGUGCUCCUUCCAGAUCUUGUUCAAAAGUUUGCAGGUUCCAGCCAGGUUCGCAACAUGACUGAGCGAAGAGGAGUGACUAAAGAUUGCCACGAGAAGCUCGGUCGGGAGAGCCAACAGAAGUGAGUGCAUCUUCACUGAAGAUAUGACCUCCAUGCUAUGACGGAAUUGUAAAAAGUAUGAGAAUUAGGAUAAGGAAGAGAAGCGAAACAACGAGCACUACCGUUCUUUGAAAUCAUGGAUGAACUGUUGAAGGUACUCAAUAGGAAUUGUUUUCCCAAAAGGUAACUGAUCAGAUGAAGCGAUGGAAGAAAAAAUAAUUGUAAAAAUCGGUAUAAAUAUUAG